ACCCACGUUUGGAAAACAUAAAAAUACAACAUCAAAAACAAUGUACUUUUUACACUCUAUAUCAAACCACCUCGUUUUGGUCCCAAUCUUGGCCCUGGUGGCCACACAAGUGCUCCUUAUACGCAGCGUUUCGUCUUUAAACAUGACCAAUUCGUAUCUAAACCACAAAUGCUUAGUCAGUCAAGGGAAAUACAAGCCGGGAAGUGUGCAUGAGAAAAGCCUAGAAGCUAUCAUCCAUUCCAUCUCGGUUGGUGAAAAUAUCAAUAGCGGUUAUGACAUGAUGUCUUUUGGUGACGGUCCAGAUCUAAUCUGCGUUAUCCUCCAGUGCCGUGGUGACUCCUAUGGGUCCAAGUGCCGCUCCUGCUUUGCCUCAGCCAUGGCCGGGCUUCGUAGGAGAUGUCCGAGAUAUAAAGGGGGAAUAAUAUGGUUCGACCAAUGUCUUCUCGAGAUAUCUUCGAUCGAUACUGUAGGGCAGCUCAAUUACGAUGACAGUUUUUGUAUGUCCAACGCGAAGAAUGUGGGAGAUAAUCCAUAUUUAUUCAUACUGAAGUGGGAUACUCUCUUCGACAAUAUAUCACAUAUAGCCAUCACUGAAAAGAAUAAAAAUUUAAAAGAUGCCAACAAACCGGCACUAUACGGGGCGGGGGAGAAGAGGCUCGGGACAAAGAGGAAGAUGUAUGGAAUGGUUCAGUGUACGGAUGACUUAUCUGUUAAGGCUUGUCAAGAGUGUCUGGUUUCUAAUAUCUUGAAGUUUCAAGAUUGCUGGAAAAGUGGUAAACGCGGUGCGAGAGUUUUGGGUAGGAGCUGUAACUUUAGCAUGAUGGCCUUCGGUGAUGAACCUGAUAUGGUCUCCGUCACCUUCCUCUGCCGUGGCGACUCUUACGGACCCAAGUGCCGUUCCUGUUUUGCCACCGCCCAAUCUGAGCUUCGUAAGAGAUGUCCGAGAAACAAGGGGGGAAUAAUAUGGUACGACCAUUGUCUUGUCGAGUUUUCUUCGUCCGAUACUACAGGGCAGAUCAAUUACGAUGAUGGUUUCUGUAUGCCGAGCGCGAAGAACGUUAGCGGUGAUCGGAUUUCUUUCGAAAAGUCGUUAUUGGUUCUCAUCAGCGAUCUGACACGUAUAGCCGUCACUAAAAAACAGAAGCCGCCGCUGUAUGCGGCUGGGGAGAAGAGGCUGGGGAAGAAGAAGUUGUACGUAAUGGUGCAGUGUAUGCUUGACUUAUCUGAGAAGGGUUGUGAGGAGUUCAAUCAAGGGAAAUACAAGCCGGGAAGCCAGCACGAGAAAGCCCUCAAUGAUAUCAUACAAAGCUUUUCAAAAGAUUCGGAAGGUUUUCAUACCGGUUUCAGCAUGGAGGCCUAUGGUAAAGAGCCUGAUAUAGUCGCCAUCACCUACCAGUGCCGUAUCGAUUCUCGCUGGCCCAAGUGCCACUCCUGCGUUGUCACCGCCGGUUCUGAGCUUCUUCGUAAGAGAUGCCCGAGAGAUAAAGGGGCAAUAAUAUGGUACGAUCAAUGUCUUGUGGAGUUUUCUUCGUUAGAUACUUUUGGGCAGAUCAAUUACGACGACAACUUCUGUAUGCCCAGCACGAAAAACCUGAUCGGCGAUUCAAUUUCUUUUGAAGAAAGGUUGCGUCUCCUCGACAAUCUGACAGAGAUGGCCGUCACGAAAAUAGAUAGAAACAUAAAAGGUAUAAAAAAAGCAGUCCUGUAUGCGGCGGGGGAGAAGAGACUCGGGAAGAAUAAUCUCUACGGAAUGGUGCAGUGCUCGGGUGACUUAUCUGUUCAGGGUUGUAAUGAGUGUAUGACAUAUUAUACAGUGCAUUUUCAAAAUUGCUGGAAAAGUAAACAAGGAGUAAGAGUUUUAAGUAGAAGCUGUAACUUUAGGUAUGAGCUUUACCCUUUUAUCAACCCCAAGGGUCCUUACUAUACCAAGUUCUAAAGAAAUUUGAAUAUGUUGCUUUUAGAAUAUUUUUCUUUUCUUUUUAACUUCAAAUUUCCCAUUAUUUAAGGUGAAUUGUUUUUUCUAUUAUUUAGUAAAAUAUCAUAUGAUGU